AUGUCUCGAGCCUCCUCCUUGAACCUCACGAGACCACUGCUUAGACAGUCCUGUCACACCCUACCAUCUACUCCCACCCGACCAUGGCAACAGCUGCGUUGGAGCUCACAUGCCCCUGCAGCCCCAUCUCUCGCUGCCCGAGGCCAGAAACCUGUCACCAUUCAAACCUUACAAAAGAUGCACGCGGACAAGACUCCAAUCACAAUGUUGACCGCCCACAACUUCCCCUCAGCCCUCAUGGCACAAGAAGCUGGAAUGGACAUGAUUUUGGUCGGUGAUUCUCUGGCUAUGGUUUCACUAGGAAUGCCCGACACCUCAGAAGUCACGCUAGACGAAAUGAUCAUGUCAGCUCGCGCCGUCAGCCGAGCUGUCAACAGAUCUUUCACCGUCGGUGACCUUCCAAUGGGUUCCUACGAGAUCAGUCCCGAACAGGCCCUGGCCAGUGCCAUUCAGAUGGUCAAGCAAGGCCGCAUGCAGAGCGUCAAGCUGGAGGGCGGUGCUGAGAUGGCUCCCGCCAUCAAGAAGAUCACCACCGCUGGUAUUCCCCUGGUUGCGCAUAUCGGCCUCACUCCACAACGACAACACGCUCUUGGUGGCUUUCGCGUUCAGGGAAAUACACUGGAUAAGGCCAUGGCCUUGCUGAAAGAUGCAAAGGCCGUGGAGGAUGCCGGUGCUUUUGCUGUGGUCCUAGAAUGUGUCCCAUCCGACAUUGCUGCCGAAGUAACCAAUGCUCUGAAAAUCCCAACUAUUGGUAUUGGCGCUGGCAACCAGACAAGUGGACAAGUCUUGGUUCAGAUCGACAUGAUCGGAAUUCGUCCACCAGAUUCAUUCAUGCCCAAGUUUGUCAAGAAGUACGGCUCCAUGUGGGAAAUGGGCCUUGCUGCAAUCCAACAGUACAAAGAUGAAGUCACCGACCGAAGCUAUCCCGGUCCUCAGCAUGUUUAUAAGAGCGAUGCCAAGGUCACCGAGGCAUUCAAGGCUGCCAUUCAGUCUGGAUAG